AUGCGCAUCACCUUUGUUCAAGCUCUCUUCUUCAAUCUUGGUCUCAGCAUGAGCCUUGACUCCGUUUCACCUCGCACCAAGCCUGACAUCGGUCCCUUCAAAAACCCCCAUCUGACGGCAUUCCUCCAAAUCGACCUUGCUGUAGGUCGUGAGACCAAUAUCACUGGUCCUGAUACCCAAUGGGGUGCUGCUCCUAACGUCCAGGGUGGAAAGGUGUCUGGUGCUUUUGAAGCCAACAUUCUCCCGCUUGGAACGUCGUACGAGAGAUAUGUCAAGAAUGAGCAAGGCGAGAACAGCUUUUACUACAAUAGGUAUAUCCUCAAGACUGCGGACAACGAAACCAUCAGCCUCGAGGUUGAUACCAUUGUAAACUACCGCAACAAUGCACUCCAUGGCUUUGGAUUUGGCAAAUUUGUGACCGCUAUUCCACACCUUUUGUAUCUCAACUAUAACGUGUAUCUCAUCGAGGUCACGGGUGACUUUGAAACAGGCAAGGCCGCAAGCCAGCUAUUUGCACUUAAAUCUGGAGGUCGACAGGACGGCGAACCUAUUAGAGCUCUUCUGCCCAUCGGAUAG